AUGACCACCAUCGCCCCUAUGAGUACCAGGCAGACGGCCAAGCAGCCGACUCGACCCAGGCUCCAGUCUCGCGCCAUCUCUGAGAUGGGUCCUCUUUACAAUCCACCUUCAGACGAAGGAUCACGCGACCUCGGCCAAGGCACGCGUCCACGCAAGGCUACCUCUCGUCUUCCUCCUCGAGGUGGGCUCGCGCCAUUGUCGCCCUUUCUUCCUUUGCCUCCCGCCCCUACCAGCGAGGAGCUCUCUGCCCGCAACGCCCGCGAGAAGGAGGACGGUCUGCGCACGCCACGCCCUGACGACCAUCAGCGUCCCACGACGUCGUCCACAGUCAAGGCUACCAAGUCGGCGAAAAUGCGCACUCUUCAGGCGUCUGGCAUGAUGCGCAGCUACUCAACGCCUGUCGCGACGCAGAAGGAGUAUGAUGAGCAAUGUCGCGCCUUUGAUGCCCGCAUCGAGGCAGAGGGCUCCGACGGUCUUCUCUUCUCCAGCGGCUGGCCAGCUACUACGUCGUCUUUCGCCGCUCAUCGCGAGCAGCGUCGUCAGGCAGAGGCAACAGCUGCAAUGGUAGCGCAAGGGGGCGCGGCCAUGGCUGCGUCGCCCUCUCAGGCCAGCCACGCUUCCAAGCACGGCAAGGCGCGUCGCUCAGGCAUGUCUCCCCUCGCUUUCAACAUGACGGCUCUCAACGCCGGCGGCAGCCAAGAGGACAUGGAAGUCUUGCAAAACGACAGUGCCGACGACGAUUCGUACUUUGGUCUUCGUCGCUUCGAUCACGGCGAGUCUCCAUCGCCAGCCUGCUCCGAGGGUCCAGCCACGCCCAAGGCUAUCACGCCUACGCACCUCAUGGCCUUCAGCCCUAUCUCUGCAGACAAGGCCCACGGCUCCUCGACAUCGUACGACUUCAAUAUGCAAAGCGACGAUGAUAGCAACUUCCUGAUUCACCCAGACCAUUUGGCUCCUCCUGCUCUCUGA